CUUUUGUUUGUUUUUUCGAGAGGCGUACAAUCCUAAUAAUCAAAUACCAGUAGAGAAAUAGAAGCACAGAGCCCCUUAAGAGGCUGUAUCUGAUCCAUAAACCCACAGAUUUCAGUUUUUCCAUAAAAAAACCGUCUCAACUGUCGCCGUCUGAUUUCCUCUCUCCGUCGAUCACCACCGUCUACUCUCUCCUCGAUCUCUUUUUCUCCUUUUUAGCUUUCGUUCCCCUUUUCUUUGCUCUUGCUACCUCUAACCCCACCUCACUCACUUACCAACAGUCUCGGUGCUCUAUCGAUCUGAUGCAACUGUCAUGAUCCGAUUGGCUCGAUUCCCGUUCCAAAAUCGCUUAAAUCACCAGCUACUUUGCUCUGCAUCCCGCUAAUAUCACCACCUAUCGAUUUUAGUAACUUUAUAUUCCAUGUCUCUCUUUUUUUUAAGUUAAGUGAGCUCAACGUUUUUGAUUUUUAUGUAAGGUUUCAGUCAUGCUUAGUUCUUUUUUCUUGAGUUCAAAAUUGCAGGAUUUGAAUUAUUUUUUUUUGGUUUUAGAUCGGAUAGUAAAAGUGUUAAUCAAUGAGUUUUAAUAGAAAAUUCUCAAAUCUAUGAGGUACUCUAUAGUAACUUCAGAUUUGUUUUCUUAUUCCCAUUUUUGAUUACUCAGUUUAUUUUAUAUAGUAUAAGCUUAAAAUCUGUAAAUUACGAAUUCCCUUUAACAAAUCAAGUCUCCUAUCUUUUUGGCGUUCUGUUUUUUUCUUCUUUCUUUUCUUUUGUUUUUUUUUUAAAUUUCAAUGGAAGAAAUUCAGAACAGAAAAAUGAAUAACUUGAAUUGUAGCGGAGGCGGGGUUGGAGGAGGGAUGUCCGACGUCGUACUAGAAUGCGUGAUGCCAUACAUACACGACCCGCGGGACCGCGACGCUGUUUCGUUAGUUUGCCGGAGAUGGUACGAGCUAGAUGCGCUAACACGAAAGCACGUGACAAUAGCUUUAUGUUACAGUACAAGUCCAGAUCGAUUACAACGUCGUUUUAAGCACCUCGAAUCAUUAAAGAUGAAAGGGAAGCCACGGGCUGCUAUGUUUUUUAAUCUGAUACCGGACGAUUGGGGAGGGUUUGUGACUCCAUGGGUUAAUGAAAUAGCGGAGAGUUUUAAUUGCUUGAAAUCGCUUCAUUUUAGGAGGAUGAUUGUUAAAGAUUCGGAUCUAGAGUUGCUUGCUAGUUCUAGAGGGAAAGUUUUGCAGGUUUUGAAGCUUGACAAGUGCUCUGGGUUUUCCACUGAUGGCCUUUCGCACAUCGGUCGCUCUUGCAGGCAAUUGAGAACAUUAUUUUUGGAAGAGAGUGCAAUAGCUUAUGAGAAAGACGGUGACUGGCUCCAUGAGCUCGCUACAAACAAUACAGUUCUCGAGACUCUAAAUUUUUACAUGACGGAUCUUACCAAAGUCAGAUUGGAAGAUCUUGAGCUUCUUGCCAAGAACUGUCGUUCAUUAGUAUCUGUGAAGAUUAGCGACUGUGAAAUCUUGGAACUUGUUGGUUUCUUUCGUGCUGCAUCUGCUAUAGAAGAAUUUUGUGGAGGUUCCUUCAAUGAGCCAGAUCAACCAGGGAAGUACUCUGCUGUCGUAUUCCCCCCAAAAUUAUGCCGUUUGGGUCUCAGCUAUAUGGAGAAGAAUGUAAUGUCAAUAGUGUUCCCUUUUGCAUCCCUGCUCAAAAAGUUGGAUCUCCUCUAUGUAUUGCUUGGCACAGAAGAUCAUUGUGUUUUAGUCCAAAGGUGCCCCAACCUAGAAGUUCUUGAGACAAGAAAUGUUAUUGGAGAUAGAGGGCUGGAAGCUCUUGCCCGGAGUUGUAAGCGACUAAAGAGGCUUAGAAUAGAGCGUGGUGCUGAUGAGCAGGAAAUGGAGGAUGUAGAUGGCCGGGUAUCACAAAGAGGACUAAUCGCCUUAGCUCAGGGCUGCCUAGAACUUGAGUACAUAGCUGUUUAUGUUUCUGAUAUUAGCAAUGCAGCUCUGGAACAUAUGGGUGCAUACUCAAAGAACCUCAAUGAUUUUCGCCUGGUCUUACUUGAGCAAGAAGAUAGGAUUACAGAUCUGCCACUUGACAAUGGAGUCCGAGCUCUAUUGAGGGGCUGUGAAAAGCUCCAAAGGUUCGGUCUGUAUCUCCGAUCAGGGGGUUUGACUGAUGUAGGUCUUGGAUAUAUUGGACAGUACAGCAGACAUGUGAGAUGGAUGAUUCUGGGUAGCGUUGGGGAAUCUGAUGAGGGGCUUUUGGCAUUUUCUAUGGGCUGUCCUAGUCUGCAAAAACUUGAAAUGAGGGCCUGUUGCUUCACCGAGCGUGCACUGGCUAGAGCUGCCUUGCAACUGACUUCUCUGAGGUACUUGUGGGUGCAUGGUUAUAGAGAAACCUCUAAUGGUCAUCGUGAUCUUUUAACAAUGGUUCGCCCAUUUUGGAACAUUGAAUUGAUUCCUUCUAGAAGGGUCGCGACGGUUAAUAACGCAGGAGAAGAUAUUGUGUCUGAGAAUCCAGCCCACAUACUUGCAUAUUACUCCCUUGCUGGACCAAGAACAGACUUUCCAGAUACUGUGAUACCACUGGAUCCAGCGAGGGUAGUUGCUGCGUAGAGCUGUAUAUGAAAUCGAUGUCCCUGUCAUUUUACUGCCACGUGCUGUUCAUAGAUUUAUCCUUCCUUUUGCCAUUUGGUUAAAGAGUGUUUGAGUUUAAUUUUAAUCUGGACCCUUGUCCUGUAAUAAGUUGCUUUCCCAUCUGUAAUUUAGCACUUCCACUCGUCUUUUUUCUGCCGCCUGGGGCAAUUAGCUUAAGGUUUAACCGUUUGGUGACUUUGUAUUUCACCUGCUUCAAUGUUGGAAAUAUUGCUGUUACCGGGUAGAAUUUUGGGAUGUUUUCUAUUGACAAAUACACGGAGAUUUUCACUUGUA